AACAUACCGUAUACUAUAAAAUGUCGAUGAUAAAUUGAUGAUAAUGAACAAAUUACCACAGUAAAAUUGUCAGAAACCAAGUCAGCUGACCUGUUAUUUUUUUUCUUCAAAGUCAUCUGAAAAUCUAAAGGCUGAGAAAAAACGAGGCUUGAAAAUAAAUAAUAAAAAAAGAAAGAUAAAAAAGGAAGAGACAAGACAGAAGUGAGUAGAUUUGAACAAGAAACUUAAGGCUGAAAUUAAAUCUGACAUAAUAAAACUUGGAUUCCAAAAAAUCCGAAAUGGAGACGAAGAAGAAGAGAAAUGAGGAAGAAACAAGAGGCUAAAGAUGAAAGGGAGGAAGAAGAGGAGAAGAAAAAGAGACUAGAGUUGAUGAAGGCAGCUGCACAGGCUUGGCUCAGCCACUCCCAAACCUCAAAACGUACCGUUUCAGAGUUCGAGGCGCAGAGAAAGCAUGCUUUUGUCAAAGGAAAGGCUUCACGUUUCAAAACGGAGGCCUUGUCCACAAAGCAUCAUCCGUCGUUUUUGGAUUGGGAAUUCGGACAGUCGCUGUGGGAUCCCUACGAGAUUCUUUCGGUCUCUAAGAAACUGGAACGCGAACUCACUUUAGAAGAACAAACCUUCUCUUCUUCAGCUAAUGGCCUCAAGAAGAAGAAGAAGAAUAGGGACAGCAGAAAUAACCUUAGGAGUUUGUUUAAUCGUUCGUCUUCAAAGAGAUUCUAACAAACUCAUGACGACGAUGUUUUACUACUUCAAACUUGUAAAUUUUUUACAGAAAAAAUGAAUUCAAUUGUGAGCGUCUUUCAUUGGUCCAUUGGUUGUGCUUA